AUGCUACAACCAAAGUCUGGUGUUUUGCCUUACUAUCAAGCUAAAAUUGAGGAAUGCGAGCUUGUCAUUAACGACAAAGCACAAGAUCUUCGACGUUUGCAAGCACAAAGAAAUGCUUUGAACGCUAAAGUGCGUUUGCUGAAAGAAGAGCUUCAACUUUUACAGGAACCAGGAUCAUAUGUGGGCGAAGUCGUUAAAGUCAUGGGCAAGAAAAAAGUUCUGGUUAAGGUUCAUCCUGAAGGCAAAUAUGUUGUUGAUCUCGCAUCCGAUAUCGAUGUUUCCCAGUUGACUCCUACUACUCGCGUUGCUUUACGGAAUGACUCUUACCAGUUGCACAAAAUAUUGCCAAACAAAGUCGAUCCUUUGGUGUCGCUGAUGAUGGUAGAGAAAGUACCUGAUUCGACGUAUGAGAUGGUUGGCGGUUUGGAACAGCAGAUCAAAGAAAUCAAGGAGGUGAUUGAACUACCAGUGAAACAUCCAGAGCUCUUUGAAUCUCUUGGUAUUGCGCAGCCGAAGGGUGUAUUGCUUUAUGGUCCUCCUGGAACUGGCAAGACGCUAUUGGCACGUGCAGUCGCACAUCAUACCGAUUGUCGAUUUAUUCGCGUUUCAGGCUCGGAACUUGUACAAAAGUAUAUCGGUGAAGGUAGUCGUAUGGUUCGUGAACUCUUUGUAAUGGCCAGAGAGCAUGCUCCGUCAAUCAUUUUCAUGGAUGAAAUUGACUCAAUCGGUUCAGCUCGUUCGGAAAGUGGUGGUGGUGGUGACUCUGAAGUCCAGCGUACAAUGCUUGAAUUGCUGAAUCAAUUGGAUGGUUUUGAGCCUUCGAAGAACAUCAAGGUCAUCAUGGCCACCAAUCGCAUAGAUAUUUUGGAUGCUGCUUUACUUCGCCCCGGCCGCAUUGAUCGUAAGAUCGAAUUCCCCCCACCAAGUGAAGCAGCUCGUGCUGAUAUCUUGAAGAUCCAUUCUCGGAAAAUGAAUCUCACUCGUGGAAUCAACUUGCGAAAGAUAGCAGAGAAAAUGACAGGUAGCAGUGGUGCAGAGGUCAAGGCCGUGUGUACUGAAGCCGGCAUGUUUGCUCUUCGUGAACGACGUGUGCAUGUUACUCAAGAAGACUUUGAGAUGGCGGUCGCCAAGGUCAUGAAGAAAGAUUCUGAUGCAAACACAAGUCUUAAGAAGCUUUGGAAGUAG